CGUGUUAGCUCGGUUCGGCCCGCCCCGGUCCCCGCUGGAGGUAGAGAUAUGGCGACCGGCGCCCGCGCCCCGGCCGGACCCUCCCCGCUGAUGGCGCCGCUGCUGCUGCUGCUGCUGCUGCUGCUGGCGCCGAGGGCGGCCUCAGAGAGCGACCCACUGGCGGUCGACAGGCAGGAGUUUCAGACUCAACAAGAGGAACACCGCAGUCAUAUGAAGUUCGAGCGAGGAAGUGGUGUACGGAGUACAACCAGCGCACCUGAGGCCCGGAGCGGAGGCGGCGGCGGGGAGCCGGCCGCGCCCGUGCCCAGCGACAACUAUGCCACGGCAAGUCGGGGCCGUGUGGAACGUCUGCCGGCGCCGACGGCGCUGCGCCAGUUCCGCGGUAGCCCUCGGCUCAGCACUAAGCCGCCGUUCGUGGCCAGCCGGCGCACCAGCGCCAGCAGCGCCGCAGACGAGUUCCAGCCCGUCACCGGCGCGCCGAUCGAGACCUACAAGAGCCGCGUCAACGCCAUCAACGGGCUGUGGGCGCAGGAGCGCGCCACUGCGCAGCCGUCGCCCAGCGUCUCUCCCGUGCUGACACACCUGGCGGAGAGUGGCCGUGGCACCGCGCGACCCACGGCAGCCCCGCCGCGCCCGAGCGCGGGCGGAGCUACCAGAGCUGGGGUCCCCGCCGAGCCGACCCCGGCCGCCGCCGCUGCGCUGACGCCUGCUGACGAGCGGCACUACGACGCGGCCGGCGGGCGCGACCGACUGGUGUCGACCACGCGCCGGCCCGACACCCGCCGCCGACAACGCAACAGGAAGCGGCGGCCGCACAAGACCCCCAGCGGCGGCUACCUCAAGAUUAGCUCAGGCGUGCCCUCGAAGACCUAUGGGACGCCAACAAAGGCCUACGGGACGCCAACGAAGGCCUACGGGACACCAACGAAGAGCUACGGAGCACCUUCUCAGAGUUACGACGCUCCCUCGCAUGCUUACGACGCUCCCUCGCAGGCUUCUGACGAGCCCUCGCAGACUUACGACGCCCCCUCGCCGAGUUACAACAGGCCGGCGGCUCAUCCAAACGCCAUACCUGCCGUCCAUAAGCCGCUGGCGGCGCCGGCGACGACGCCGGCACCGGUCACGUACCCUAGCCCCACCUUCAAGCCGCAGUUGAUCCCGACCUUUUCCCCCCAGACGUCCCCGGCCGGACCAGCGUACUCUACCGCCGCGCCAACCGCCGGGCAGACGUACGGAACGCCAACGACUCAGAACACAGCACCGCAAGCCGGGCAAACGUACGUAGCACCGCAAGCCGGGCAAACGUACGCAGCACCGCAAGCCGGGCAAACGUACGCAGCACCGCAGGCCGGACAAACUUACGCAGCACCGCAGGCCGGACAAACGUAUGCAGCACCGCAAGCCGGGCAAACUUACACAGCACCCCAGGCCGGGCAAACUUACGCAGCACCGCAAGCCGGGCAAACGUACGCAGCACCGCAGGCCGGACAAACUUACGCAGCACCGCAGGCCGGACAAACUUAUGCAGCACCGCAAGCCGGGCAAACUCACAUAGCACCGCAGGCCGGGCAAACUUACGCAGCACCGCAGACCGGGCAAACUUACGCAGCACCGCAGGCCGGGCAAACGUACGCAGCGCCGCAACCCGCGAAAACUUACGUAGCACCGCAGGUUGUCAAUACGUAUUCACCCCAGCAGACUGGGAAUAAGAACUCAGCACCACAGACUGGACAGACGUACAUCGCCCCGGUUGCAGUGCAGCAGUCUUACUCAACCCCGGUCCCAGCCCAGCAGUCCUAUUCAGCCCCAGCCCAGCAGUCCUACUCAACCCCGCCCCCAGCCCAGCAGUCCUAUUCAGCCCCAGCCCAGCAGUCCUACUCAACCCCGGCCCCAGCCCAGCAGUCCUAUUCAGCCCCAGCCCAGCAGUCCUACUCAACCCCGGCCCCAGCCCAGCAGUCUUAUUCAGCCCCAGUCCAGCAACCCUACUCAACCCCUGCGCCGGCCCAGCAGUCGUACGCGUCUCCAGCGCCGGCCCAGCAGUCGUACGCGUCCCCAGCGCCGGCCCAGCAGUCGUACGCGUCCCCAGUGCCGGCCCAGCAGACGUACGCGUCCCUAGCACCGGCCGGCCAGUCUUACCUCAGCGUGACCCGCACCAUCAGUCCGGCGGCGCACGGCGGCGGGCCCGACGUUACCAUCUCCCACCACACUCUCCUGCCGAGCGGCGGCGGCCAUGCCCCGCCCGCGCCCGCCACCCAGGCGUCGCAGCUGCAGACGGUAGUGACCAGCCCGGAGGGGCCGCAGACGACGGCCAACAUCGGGCUCUGGACGCUAGAGACGACGGUGGACAGUCCGCACCACGCGGACGGUACGACGGCGCCGCCGGCCGCCGACGAGCCGCAUCACCACCCGCACCACCCCGUCGGCGGGGACGGACGCGAGCCGCACCAUCCGCACCAUCCCGCCGCCGACGAGCCGCACCACCACCCGCACCACCCCGUCGGCAAUGACAGACACGAGCACGGCAGCCACGGUGACGCCGAGGAGCACUUCGUCGUCGAGAACGAGAUAGCCGACUACCAGCCGAGUUUCGAAGAGACGGACACGCACAGCCGGCCGUUCCUGCACACGCUGCGGCCGCAGGUGCUACCGCCGCCGGCGCGCAGCUUCGUGCCGCUGGAGGCGCCGACCGAACCCUCGCUGAGGGACGCCGUGCCGACCACGACGGUUGCGGCUGGCGAGGAGGCCGCGGAGAUCAGCACAGAGACGGCCCUCACCACGCCGCCCGUCACCCGCGGCGCGGUGUCAGAGACGACGGCGGUGAGCGGCACCACGCCACGAGCGCUGCACCUGUCCCUGACGCCUGGCGGCCACAUACCGCGCCUGCCCCAGCCGCUGGCGCAGACGCAGGUGCCGCACGGGUUUCGGCAGUACUUCGCCUCGGGACUGUCCGCUGGCCGCAGUCGCGCCAAGACGUACUACGUGAACAGGAAGCCGACCGGUGCGGAGGAGACCGCGGACUCUGUGGAGGGGGCCACAGCUGUCCCGGCGCUCGGUGUGGAGACGUUCACCGUCUCUGGGGCUCUGUCUGUUGAAGAUACGGCAGGAAGGGAAUCGGGUGAAGACGAAAUCACGGGGACCGGUGACGUCAAUACACAGUCCCCGUUCGUGACUGCCGAUUUCAGCACCGCCCCCGAGAUCCCAGAGCAAGAAGUUUUCGCGGAAGUCACAACGACCAGGCCAACCACGCAGCCUGUGACACAUAAACCCGAAGAAACCACGACCGAGCACCGCCUGCCGAUCCCGACGGGGCCGACCACUGUCAACGAGUAUGUGGCCACUCUGCAGCCGUAUCGCAUCACCACCGACCAGCCGCGGAAGCAUACUAUCACCACUGACCAGCCGCGGAAGCUGAGCAUCACCACCGACCAGCUGCGGAAGCACACCAUCACCACUGACCUGCCGCGGAAGCACACCAUCACCACUGACCAACCGCGGAAGCACACCAUCACCACUGACCAGCCGCGGAAGCACACCAUCACCACUGACCAGCCGCAGAAGCUGAGCAUCACCGCCGACCCGCUGCGGAAGCACACUAUUACUACUGACCAGCCGCGGAAGCACACCACCCAGCUCGAGUCCCGGUUCGCCCCCGCCGCGCGCACCAAGCCCACAUCGGCGCCACACCCCAAGCGGACUAAGAAGCCGCUUCUCAGCCGGCGCCGGCCUGUCAUCCCCGCACGUUAG